CAGACCUGCAGGGUUCACUUUUACCACCUGGGCAGACUUGCAGACUGAGCAGACGGAGGGAGCGAAAGGGAGGGCGGCUCAGGUGUCUCCUCACUCUGUGUGGGUUUGUUGAAGUGUUCAACUCACUUCCGAGGAGAAGGGAUGUACAUUUCGCUCUGACAGUGACACUUUCCACUGUUUAAGUCUUGCACGUUUACAUGCGUUGGCUUCACUUUCCACGUUGCAAAGAUGAACGGUGACGUGACGCGGACUGGGGAGAGUGGAGAGAGCAAUCAGGCUAACAACCGAUGCAGGCGGCUUAGACUCACUCUGCAAGAUCAGGACCAGUCAGGCUGCACCUCGGAGCAACACAGCAGCAAAGAGAGCAGCAUAGCAGUAGUGCUGCCACAUAAACAAGAGGAGGACAAAACACCUGAACUCAUCACCCCCACUGAAGACAAAGUAGAAGUCAUAAAGGUUUACCUCGAAGCUCGUCCAGAGACAGCAGAGAGUGUCAGGAUGCUGACAGACGAGGUGUCACAGAUUCAGGAGGUGAGGUACUGUCUGAAGACUCUGAGGGAGCAGAUGGCAGCAAGGCAGAACACUAACAACAACAAGUAUCCCGCCAAUGGCUUCAGAGUCACCGUGCCCAGAAACCAACCAGUCCUCACCAAUGGAAACACAAUCCUCAGUGACUCAGACCCUGAGGUCGAGGAUAAUCUGGAGGAGAGUGUGAGGCUCAGAGAGGCGACCAGACGUCUGUACGCCCAGCUGAAGGAGAUGGAGACGAGGCACCAGGAGGAGAGGGAGGCACUGCAGACCGAGUCAGAGGAGUAUCGCAAUCAUCUGGCUGAGCAGUCGGAGCAGCUCCAGAAGGCGGAGGAGCUGUCGGAGGAGAGGGGUCAGCAGGUGGAGGAGCUGCAGAGGCUGCUGGGAAGCAUGGAGACUGAAUGCAGCGCCCUGAAAGACAAGAUGGCUGCCGGGGAGGCAGAGCUGCUACAGCUUCGAGGAGAUGGCGAGGAAGGAAAGGAGAGCGAGGAGAGAUGUGAAGAGCUGGAGAAGGAUGUGGCCAUCCUGAAGGAAAAGAUUCAUCACCUUGACGACAUGUUGAAGAGUCAGCAGAGAAAAGUUCGCCACAUGAUUGAACAGCUGCAGAAUUCACGGACAGUCAUCCAAGAGAGAGAUCGAGUCAUCAGCGACCUGCAGGAGAAGGUGGCUUUCCUAGAGGCUGAGAACAGAGAAAUGCAUGACCACAUGGACUACUUCCUGUCAGGUCAGGACCCUCCAACCCUGACAUCCUCAGAUAACAGACCAGAGGUUGUUUACAGUAAACAACUCAAACCAACAUCAUCAACCAGCAAAGUGCUCCCGUUCAUCAAAGUCAUUGAGAUCAAGUCCUGAACAAAACAACCACUCAGAUGACUGGAUGUGGAAAGAAUUGUAAAUAUCUAUUUAAUCAUCCACAGGAACGUAUAAAACACCGGUCUGCAGUGAUAACAGAGGCUGGCUCUGAAGACCUCAUGGUGGCAAAGCUUUGUACCUCGUAGCCACCCUUUAAGGCUGAUCCGCAUGCCUUUCCUGACUUUUGCAGUUUGAAAGAGAAUCUAAAAGUAGAAAGUUAAAAAGGAAUUCAGAGUAACCUAAAAAAGAAACAAGGAUGGAGCUGUGCAAUGCAAAGAAUUUUGCUGAACUACUGAUGCACUUUGUUUGAACAUCUUGACUUCAGUAAAGUUCUGUGAUCUAAAGUUUCCCACCUCCACUUCUUUCCUCUGCAGAAUCUGAAAUCAGCUUGUUUGAACAGAUCAGUGUCAAAUGAUGGGUCAAGAUUUUAAAAAAGGCUGUUUGUUUUAUCGUGAUAUUCUGUUACACACAUUCAAAAUGUGUGAUGUACAAAUAGUCAAAUAGUUCUGAGUGUUUCGUGGAUUUUUUCCUCGAACAGCCUCCCUCCUGAGCGGCGGGGCUCAGGUCACAUUCCUCAGUGCUUUGCACCACAUUGCCAAUGGCAGGCAUACAGUUGUUAACAUCGAAAUAUGAUUUAUGUUUAACUUAAAUACAUAUCUCUCUGACAUGACAGUGAGUUUAAAUAUUAAGAGUGAUUGUGCUUUUUAAUAAUUCGUUUUUAACACUUGUUAGCUAGGCUGUAAAAAUCAUACUAUGCUUAAGGCUACUUGUAAAGCUAGAAGUUGGUUUGCUGCCAAGUUCUCCGUCUGCAUAUUUCUUACAUUUCACUGAAAUGUUGCAUAUUUGAAACAGCUCUUAUAAACUGCUCUAUUUUUCCACGGAGUAAUGCAUCUUUUGUCAAGUCCUUGAUAUUUUUCUCUGACGUGCUUUCUGUUGCAAUCCUGGACGGACAUUUUUAUAACACGUGUUACGAUGUACUGUGAACAUUGUAGAUAGAUGAAUUGAAGUUCAGUCUUUUUAUUGUAGUCAUUGUCAAAUUGUAUUUAAAUACAACAAAUGUAAAAACUAUUUUCUGUUGUAAAGUUUUGACUCAUCUUCUCUCCUGUUGCAUCUUUCCUCUCUAACCUUGUACUGCCACCUAGUGGAGAUAAUAAAGACACUUGAAAAUUAA